AUGAGCUUCACUGGAGCUCUGGCCAUUAUUGGAGGAUUUAUGGUAAUUUUCCACUCGGUGAAACUCACGUGGAGAUGUUGGUGUGGAUUCAGAACGUUUGUUUUAUCACAUGCUUGGCAAGUGGAUCUAAAGACAUAUGGAAAAUGGGCAGUUGUCACUGGUGCCACGUCCGGCAUUGGUAAAGCAUACGCCACUGAGCUGGCACAAAGAGGUCUUGAUGUGGUUUUGAUCAGCCGAUCUGUUGAUAAGCUUCAAAUGGUUGCCAAAGAAAUAGAGGAUCAGUGUGGACGAAACACUCGUACCAUCCAGGUGGACUUCACAGAUGGCCAAAGCAUCUACUCUGUCAUCGCUAAGCAACUACAGGGCCUGGAAAUUGGAAUUCUGGUUAAUAAUGUAGGAAUGACCUAUUCUGAAAAUUUUGCCUAUUUUCUGGAAAUACCAGACACCAAACGUGAAGAGCAGAAAAUCACUCAGGUUAUCAACUGUAACAUGCUCUCUGUGCCUCAGAUGACCACCCUGGUUCUCCCAGGCAUGGUUGCAAGAGGCAAGGGGCUGAUCAUCAACAUCGCCUCUGAAGUUGGAAUCCGUCCACAGCCUUUGUUGUCUCUGUACUCUGCUACCAAGAUUUUUGUAAUAUUUUUCUCUAAGUGUCUUCACGCCGAGUACAAGUCAAAGGGAAUUACUGUUCAGUGUGUGGCUCCUUUGAUGGUGUCCACCAACAUGACCAAAAAUGUCAAGGUUAACUGCUUCAUAAAGACUGCUACAAGCUUCGUCUGUGAGGCGCUGAAAACUGUGGGUCACUCCAGCUACACCAGCGGCUGCCUUUCACACGCACUGCAGAAUGCUGCUCUCAGAAUCCUGCUGCCAGACUGGCUGCGCAUGUCAUCAUUCCUGAUCAGAAAACUGCACAACUUUGCAACAAUAAGAUCUUGUGAAAAAGAGUUGUACAGUGGGAAACAAAAGUCCAUUGAGAAGGAGUGAGCACUGUGGAAGUGUGUUUCUUUGUGGAUGAUAAUGAUGUACAGUGAAUGAAGCUCAUCAUUUAUAUAGACUUU